UUACCUGACUGACCAGUGCUGGAAUGGAGGCUGUAUUUACCUGAUACUGCUGCGGCGAGUCAAGCGAAAGGCUCCUCUUCCUCCCUGCGAGGCAGCUGAAAGUGUUUGUAUCCCACUCACCAGUGACAACUGUGAAGACCAGCGUCGCAGCACAUCUGAGUCCUCCGACAGCUCUGCAAAUUACAGACGCACACGUAAAUUUGGAGUGAUAUCACGCUCAUCCUUCAACCAAGAGGACAGGCAGCGUACGAGUUCAGAAGUCCGGAGGUCUUAUCAUGACUACAGUUCUCAUCCUGAGAAUAUAGAAACUAGUCCUCCAGAUAACUCAGCUCACAUCCUCCCCACACCUUCUAAGGAAAGCCCGGACCACUGUUCUCAGGUCAGAGCUGCUCCCCAGCGUCAACACGGUGGCGAGGCUGCCCCCCAGCCGCUAAGGUGUUACAGUCAGCUGCUAGAGUUCAAAAUGGAUUCUUCCUGCAGUGAAUAUUUAUGCCAGCCCAGAGAUACCAACCACAUCUGGAAAAUGCACAUGGUGAAGGGUCAGGAGGGCCUUGGCAUAAAGAUCACAGGGGGGCGUGGCUCCAAGCGUUCCCCUCAUGGCAUCAUCAUUACACAUAUAGAGGAGGGAGGCGCCAUUUACAGGGAUGGACGUCUUCAUGCUGGUGAUGAGUUACUGAUGAUUAAUAAUCAGUCUUUGGUGGGUCUUACUCAUCAGGAGGCUGUUGAUAUCCUCCGCUCUGCUACAGGUCUGGUCCAGUUGGUGGUUGCCAGUAGGGAGGAUUCAGAUGUAGGCUUUGAUCCUUUUCCAUCCGCCAGUCUGCCAGACCUUGUCAGCACCUGCAGCUCCACUUCAUCCCUGUCCCAGGCUGCUCACACCAAGACUUCCAACAGCAGCACCAGUCUGCACAAGUCCUACAUGGUUGAUAGCCUGGAGAAAUUAGAAGAGCAAAGUCAGGAGGAAACAGCCCAAAGAUCCUGCUGCAGCCCCACAGCCACGAAGCUGUGCAGCCGACCCCAGGGAGGGAGCACUCGCCUGGAAUCAGUGGGUGAGGAUGAUGAGCUGUUUGUGGCUAAUGGGACGAGCGCCUUUGAAAUGGUGGAGAAGCCCGGCCGACGUAAACACUCCCUGCCUCAACAGCUGGACCCGUCUGGAGUGAGACAGGAAUAUCAGAUCAUUAAGAAAUCAGCUCGCUCCCUGAGCACUGUUCAAGUGGAAUCUCCAUGGCGACUGGCCCAGCCAUCCAUUAUCUCCAGUAUAGUAUUAAUGAAAGGUCAGGGCAAG